ACACAUGUGCGUAAACGUGUGCAGUGGGAGCUGAUAACAUAUAUAAUAAACAACUAUGGGUAUUAAAUAGUGGUAAUCAGUCGUAAUGCACGUCACGCAUGCAUCAAUCUACAUUCUACGCAAGCGCGAGUCGCGUGUAAACGCAUGUGGAGGUGGAGCAAUUGUAUGUAUUUUAGACGUUUUGGACGAUAGAAGAAGAAUAUUCGAAUCAGAUAACAAUGGACGCAAUUACACAAAUGGAUCUGUACGGAUUGCUUGGUGUGGAGCCGACAGCUUCUAUAGCAGAGAUAAAAAAAGCAUAUCGUAAAAAAGCUUUGACGUGUCAUCCUGACAAGAACCCUGACAAUCCAAGAGCCGCGGAAUUAUUUCAGGAACUCUCACGAGUGUUGGAAAUAUUAACAGACACAAAAUCCAGAGCAGCUUAUGAUCAAGCCAUUGCUGCCAGGAAGCAAGCAAAGGAACGCAUUAGACAGUUUGAUGCCAAGAGGAAAAAAUUCAAGGAGGACUUGGAGGCACGAGAGGAAGCUUAUAAGAGGUCAUUUGAUCAUGCACCUGAAAGUAAAUCUAAUGAGGAACAACAAAAAGCGGAAAUAAAAAGAUUGCAAGACUGGUAUAAGCAAAUGGAAGAAGAGAUGAUCUUUACAAGAAAACUUUUUUCAGAGAAGCUUCAUGGAUCAAAGAAUUCAACAUCUAAUGUAGACGACUUUCGAAUCAAAAUUAAAUGGAAAGUACAAGAUGGUUCAACAAAUGGUGGAUACAAUUACAACAAUCUAUAUCAAAUAUUUUCCAAGUAUGGGGACAUAGCGGCUCUUGUUGUAUCAUCUACAAAAAAAGGCAGUGCUUUGAUUGAAUUUCAAGAUAAAAAUGCAGCAAAAACAGCGCUUCUAGCAGAAAUUGGUUUAGUCCAAAACCCAUUAACGCUGCGUGGUCUAUGGGAUACACAGAAACGUUCUACCAAUACAACAACGAGUGCAAAUUUUAAUACUGGAACACCUACAUUUCCUGCAACCAGACAUUUUAACAGCACGCCAUGCGCGUCUGUCAGUUUUUCUUCUGCACCUGAUAUAUUCAUGCAGCAACAAGCAAAGAUGUCGGAUGCAGAGUUUGAAAGUUGUGUAUUAACCGAUUUAAGGAGAGCACAGGAGCGUAAACGGCUUAUAGAAGAAAUGAAGGCACAGGAAGACACAGGGACUGAAGAAAUUUGAUCCUGGUAUUGAGAGAACUUAUAUGCGUUUAGUGAAUUUAUUUUUUUUUUCUAUGUGAGAAAUAUAACCAUAAUAAAAAAAUAUAUAUCCUUAA